AGGUGGGCGUCAGUCAGACUCAGUAGUUUGGCAACACAACAACAUGGAGGCACCUCAAGGUUUAUCUCCUGAUACACUGGUAUUAUUCUUGAAGGAUAGGACAUUUGUAGAAUACCUCAAUUCUUUCUUGUUGCUACCAUUAUUCUCCACUCAAGUCUUUUAUGAUACAACGAGUGGUUCGUUUCAACUCGUCUCAACACCUCUACCUCACUAUAAUGAUGAGUCAAGCGCCUCCACCACUACACUCUACAUCACAGAAGAUGACAUCAGUGGAUUGUUCCUUGACUCUCACUCCAUUAUUCAGUGGAUAAUAGAAGAAAGACUUCCAUUGUUCAUUAACAGUGAUAUAUACAGUGAAUAUCUUCUUUGUCAUUCCUUGAAAUCUUCUUCAAGGCGUGUUCUUGGUAAGCUAUCCCAAGAUGAAAGAAGUACUCCAUUUCUUGCUGGACGAGAUCGAAAGAAAUCAUCAAGACAAAGAUCAUCACGGACCCGCUCUGGGGGUCAGCGCUCAAUUAAAUCCUCGAGGAGAAGAAACGAGUUUGAGAACCCUGGCAAGGCAGAAAUGAAGCAGUUUAAGAUGUUCUUGAAAGACAAAAGUGGAUUAAAAAACUGGCUCUUCUGUAUUGACUUUUUGCAAUUGAUGAACACAACUGGUGAAAAGGACAAGAACAAGUUGUUUAAAGAAAUUAGAGAAAGAUAUUUCACAAUUACUUCUUCACUAGCUCUAUCAAAUGAACCAGUCUCUGUCUGUGUCUCUGGUAGUCUAACACUAAACUCAUUACGACAUGUUUAUGAUACCCUAUUGGAAGGACUCAUAAACUACUGGUAUCCCAGGUUUUUGUUAAGUAUUGUCCCAUUCACGUCAUCAGGAGGUACAAUCUCUCAUUCUCUAUCACUUCCUUCUGUCACUCUUUAUGAUGAUAAAGCACCUCAUCCCUCGGAUGUGACCACACCCACUAUAAGGCUUGUCUCUAAACCCAGGCCUCAACUCUCACGUCCCAGUACUCAACCGACUCAAAGUAUCCAACCCAGUCAUAGGACCCAAUCAAGACUAGUCUGGACCAGUGGCAGCCAGAGCUCCAUUGAGCCUAAGUGCAUUAAACUAGCAAAGUUUAACAAGUACCCGAUAGUGCCCAGCGGUAGGACUAGCAUUACUGGGACGCCAGUAUUACCACACACUCUCAGCACUAAUGAGCUCCAAGUGUUGUCAAUAAAUGGAACACCAAUAGCACUGGAUGAGAGACUACCUUAUUACAAUGACAAUCAUAAAUUAUUCAUGAAGUGUUUGGCUGUUGAAAGGAGAAAAUGUGGAGGAUAUUUUCAAAACUUUCUGCAAUCUCUUGAGCAAAAAGUUUAUCUUAAUUGUCUUCACUUUUGGAGGGAGACCCAAAGCUACAAGAUGCUGUUCUUUGCUUCAGAUUUUAACCCAAUCCUCGUGGAGACUAAAGCUAAGCUGAUAUACUCUUUUCAUAUCCUGGAGUAUAGCCAGGCUAAUAUUGAUUGUCCUUGUUAUAUUAUUGAGUACAUAUCAGGAAGACUCUGGCCGCCAUUUGAAGACAUAUUUGACAAAGCAGAGGAACAUGCUCUGAACAUACUUGAAGAGAAAUGGAUCGAACUAUGUCAAAGGGACAGAGAAACCUUUGAACAGAUGCAAUCCGUUAAUUCUGAUUUGAGUCUUCAUCAUGUUUCUGCUCUUAACAAUAAAGAACUGGAUAAACUCAGUGAAGAGUAUUCAUCACUGGGUAGCUCUAGCACUGAGAGUAUGGGUAGUGUCUCUAUCAUAUCUUCAUCUCCUCAACCAGUAACAGUAUCACCAGCUGCAGCAACAGUACGAGUGGAUCCAUCAGCUAAUGAUAGAGUUGCUCCUUCUGCUAAUAUUAAACGAGUCAGUAUCCAUCAUAAAUCCCUCGGUGAGGAUGAAGAGCGUUCUUCUGGAAGAGAGGCUAAUUUUAACGAUGUUAUUAAGAACCCAAAAGAACUUGAGUUCUUCAAAAUAUUCCUCAACGACAAUGGAGGUGCCAUUGAUUUAAAGUUCUGGCUUGAGAUUGAGUCAUUUCGCUCGCUGCCGACCAGUGACAUGGUCCUAAAGAAUAUGAAAGCUAAAAAGAUUAGAAGUGAUUAUUUCAAUAAAUCAUAUCUCUUUGGGGACAGUAGCCCAUUCAGCAAGGAGACACAGAGAGAGGUUGUUUCAUUUGGAGGGAGCCAUAAGCUCCCCUUAAGACCAAAGUCACCAGUUUUCAGAGAAGCACAGAAACACAUUCGCAGCAGACUUGAGAAGAAAUGGAUACCAUUGUUUACGAGGAGCCCGGACUAUCUUGAAAGACACGGAGUGAAGGACCCUAGCAAUGAGACCAAGGAAGAAGUGAUUGAUUCUUCUAAAGUUUAUACUGAGUCUGAAGACACUUUGAAACUGAAGCAGACAUUGUAUGAUUCCAAGAGACGUGAGCUCUUUAAGACAUUUCUGUGCAUUAAAGCACCAAAGGGGACAAACACUUCAAAUAAUGUUGACUUCUGGCUGGAGAUACAGAGAUUUAAAGAAAUGUUUCAUUAUCAGAUGAAUCAUUCUCUCUUAUUUGCUAAAAUGAGGGCAAUAUUAAAUUGUUACAUACAGUCACCUUGCAAUCCAAAGCUACAGGUAACUCUUCCUCUAUCAGUUGCUGAUGAAUUAGUAAGUAAGCCUUUUGGUCCUUACAUGUUCAGGGAAGCACAGAACUGCAUAUUCCGUUACCUUCAAACAGCUUGGGAAGACUAUCAGUCGUUUUGUGAGUCUCAUCCAAACAGACCAUUAGCAGAAGCACUCGUGGAGUUAAGAGAUUUCAUUGCAAAUGAGAGACAAGAAGCAGAAGAGAGAAUAAAAAUGAAGGAGCUAUUGUCUGCUACUCAGUCACCUCUCGCUCACCUUGAAACUGAGGAAGAAAGAAAAGCAAGGAAAGCAAAAGAGAAAGAAUUGAGAGAGUUUGGUGAAAUUGGUGUUUCGUUUAAACUGUCUUCACCACAACCAACCUACACCUACUGUGGACAGAUAUCAUCUCUCCAGCAUAAGCUCCAUCCUGAACUAGGAGGCCCCUCUCAUUCUUCUGUUCAUGUACUUGAUUCAUCACUAAAUAUCAAAUUUACUGAUGUGCCUCGGGUUAGAUUUCAUGAGCCUAUACAGGACAAUCUGGUUAAGGAAACUGGUUUAGCAAGAAGACGGCAACGUUCCCAGUCAGUACCCAGUAGGUCGUCACUAGCUAAAGGAUUUCGACUGAGAAGAAACACCACCACCACAGCUGCUGCUGGCAUUCCUCUGAUUGGAAGUGACAAACAAGAAAUGGUGCCUAUAAUAUUAUAACAAGAUAUUUUAAAAUGUAAUUUUAUUAAUCCAUUGUGUAACAGAAAAUGCAAACAAAACAUGCAUUCUUGUAGGUGU